AUAUGGAUUAAAGUAGGAGAAUAGUGCCCUCUACACAUGCAAUGCCAAAUCUGUAAUCAUUUAAGGUGGAGCUGCAGAUUCAAACAAAAAGCAUGUCGAAACCAAGUACAGCUUGGAGGAAGUGAAAGGAAGUGAAAUGAGCAGUCAACCAAGUUUUGGCGUCUGGCUCCAUUUCAGCUGACUAACAUUAUCUUCAGUUUUACAAUCUACGAUGAAUCAGUGUGGAGAAAGUGCUCCUAAAGUUCCCAGGUUGGACAAGUUGGAUGGACCGAGCUGCGUCUCUGUGAAGAGUUCAAAUUCAAUGUUGGAGCCAAUUGCAUUUAAAAAAGCAGCUUCUCUCAUACAAGGAACUACUUGUCAAUCAUCACUGCCUGAACCUGUGAUUUCAACAACCAAGGACAAAGACCAAAGGAAUCAUGCUGCUGGCUUUGCGAAGUCUGACUCUCCUGCAGUUACUGAAGUAAAGCUGCAUUAUGAGCAUAAAAAUAGGCUAAAAGCAAAAUUUCAGCACAUUUACCAUGAACUGACAAUACCGGGUCAAGCCACAUUCCUGAAUGAUGUUUACACAGAGCUCUACAUCACUGAGAGUGACAGUGGGAACGUUCGAAUGGAACACGAGGUGAGGCAGAUUGAAAUGAUAUCCAGGACGCAAACCAGAGUAGAAAUACCAAUCAAAUGCAAUGACAUCUUCAAGCCAAUACAUGGACACGGCAAACCUAUUAGGAGCGUCCUGACAAAGGGAGUUGCUGGCAUUGGAAAAACUGUGUCUGUACAGAAAUUUGUCUUGGACUGGGCUGAAGGUAAAGCGAAUCAAGACAUUGGGUUCAUUUAUCCACUUGCAUUCCGUGAACUUAACCUGAUGAAGGGAGAAAGGUUCAGUCUAAUCAAGCUUCUUCAGUGUUUUACCAUGGGUACUCUUGAAGCAACAGAUCCUCAGAGUCGCAAAGUUCUGUUCGUCCUCGACGGACUGGACGAAUGUCGCUUUCCUUUAGACUUUCAGAACAACCGGAGAGUGUCUGAUGCAGCAGAACAUGUGUCUCUCGAUGUCCUACUGACCAACCUCAUCAAUGGAAACCUGCUUCCUGAUGCUCUCCUCUGGAUCACUUCUCGUCCAGCAGCAGCUAAUCAGAUCCCUCCACAGUGCAUUGACCUGGUGAGUGAGGUACGAGGAUUUAAUGACCCCCAGAAGGAGGAGUAUCUCAGGAAGAGAAUAAGCGACAAGAAACUGGCUAGCAGAAUCAUUGCACACAUCAAGUCCUCAAGGAGCCUCUUCAUUAUGUGCCACAUUCCUGUCUUCUGCUGGCUUUCCUCAGCUGUUUUAGAGAGAACCAUCAGUUCGUUGGAUGGCGAGGAAGUUCCCAAGACACUGACUCAAAUGUACAUACAUUUCCUUCUUAUCCAAACCAGAACUAAAAACCACAGGUACUCCGACAGAAAUGAGGGUCCAUCUGAUGACGACAUGAUCGUCAAACUGGGCAAACUAGCUUUUCAGCAGCUGGAAAAGGGCAACCUGAUAUUUUACGAGGAUGAUCUCAGGACUUGCGGCAUCGAUGUCAAGGAGGCUGUGGUCUACUCAGGAGUGUGCUCACAGAUCUUUAAAGAGGAAUGUGCCUUGACUCAGAGUAAAGUGUACUGUUUUGUGCAUCUCAGCAUCCAGGAGUUUCUCGCUGCCGUAUACGUGUUCCUCAUGUGCAAAUGCAAGAACAAGAACGUUCUUGACCAGACAAGUUGCACUACAACAGAUGCUACCCAGGCACUGAUUGAUAUGCACAGGAAUGCCAUUGAUAGAGCCUUAAAGAGUGAAAACGGGCACUUGGAUCUCUUUCUCCGCUUCCUUUUAGGCCUUUCUCUGGAGUCCAACCAGACCCUCCUGCACAGUUUGCUGCCACAGGUUGGACCCAGCCUUCAAAACACAGAAGCGACGGUUGAAUACAUCAAGAUGAAAAUAGAGGAGAACUCCUCAACGGAGAAGUCUGUCAAUCUCUUCUAUUGUCUGAAUGAGCUUAAUGAGCUCUCUAUAGUGAAGGAGGUCCAACGCUACUUGAGCUCAGAGAGUUCCUCUAAACUUUCCCUUGCACAGUGGUCUGCCCUCGUCUUCGUACUGCUGACGUCUGAGACAAAACUUGAUGUAUUUGACCUCAAGAAGUAUAUCAGGUCAGAUGAAGGUCUCGUGAGGCUGAUGUUGGUGGUCAAAGCUUCGGAAAUUGCUCUGCUCGAUAACUGUGGACUUACUGAGAGAUGCUGUAAAGCAUUGGGCUCUGCGCUCAGCUCCGAUUCCUCCAACCUGCGAGAGCUGAAUUUAAGUGGUAACUCUAUUGGAGACACAGGGCUGAGGCUUCUUACGGAAGGACUGGGAAACGUCAAAAGUAAAUUAAAGAAACUAAGCCUUUCAUAUUGUAGAAUCACACCACAGGGCUGCUUCACUUUGGCCUCACAGCUUCUUCCCAGACUUCCACACCUAAAAGUACUGGACCUGAGUGAGAACAGCUUGAGGCAGACAGGAAUUCAAUCACUGGCUACUCAUCUAAAGAAUCCCGAGUGCAAGCUUGAGACACUAAGACUGAAGGACUGCAGAGUUACUCCGGAAGGAAGUAAAGCACUAGCCUCGGCUCUGAUCUCGAAUCCGUCACACCUGAAAGAGCUCGACCUCCACUGGAACAAUCCAGGAGACGACCCAGGAGUGGAGCAGCUGGCGGCCGUCAUGAGGGAUCCGCUCUCCAAGCUUGAAGUCUUAUGGUUAAGUUAUGGCCUGCUCACCAAGAAAACCUGCGAGGCUCUCGCUUCUGUUCUCAGCUGCAGCGCCGCUCAUCUCAAAGCAGUGGACCUGAGCGGAAACUCAAUCCAGGACACUGGAGUGGAGCUGCUCUCUGCUGGCCUGAGAAGCCCACACUGUAAACUGGAGAUACUGAGGUUGGCAUUUUGUGACAUCACAGAAGGAGGAGCUACAGCUUUGGCUUCUGCUCUUACUGCAAAUCCUAUAACACUCAAAGAGCUGGACCUGAGCGAGAACCCUGUUGGAGACUGUGGCCUGAAAGCACUCUCAAAUGUAAUAAGGGAUUUUAACUGCAGAUUACAUACACUCAGGCUUAGACAGAGCGGAGUCACAGAAGAUGGCUGUGCUGCUCUUGCUUCAGCUCUGAGCUUGAAUCCCUCCUGUCUGCGAGAGCUGAACCUGGGAAACAACAAACUAACCGAAGCCGCGAUAAAAAGUCUUUGCGAUGUGCCUGACAAUGGAAUUUUCCAAUUAGAACUGAACGAGUGUUGCUUAACUGAGAGCUGCUGCGGUUCUCUGGCGUCUGUUCUCCUGAAUGAAUGCUCAAGCCUAAAAGUAUUGAACCUGGGAGGAAAUAAUCUGCAGGACUCAGGAGUGAAGACUCUUUGUGGCGGAGUAGGAAGUCCAAACUGCAAACUGGAGAUGUUGAGGCUCUUUAACUGUGGAGUCUCUGAGAAAGGCUGUGAAUUUUUAGCAUCAGUUCUGAGUGGAAAGCACUCAGUCUUGAAAGAACUGGACCUUAGCGGAAAUAACCUUAAAGACACAGACACAAAGCUGCUGAACGUCUUAAUCGAAGAUCCAAGCAACAAGCUAGAUCAACUCAACUUAUACUGAACAACCCAAGAAAUGCAAUCAUGCUGUAAUAAGGAGAAAAAUAGUCAUAGAGGACUGUCAUAUCUGACAGGAAACAGCCUGUGGUCAUAAUUAUACAGUGCCAUCCACUAAUAAUAUUGGCACCCUUGGUAAAUAUGAGCAAAGAAGGCUCAUGUGAAAAAUGUGAAAUGUGAAAAACUGUCUUUAUUGUUUAACCUUGUGAUCUUUUGUUAAAAGAAUUCACAAAAAUACUCUGCCCUCGUGGAUAUCAAACAAUUGCGAACACAACACAGGUUUAUUUAAAAAAAAAAAAAUUGUCGAGGGCACUGUAUAUCUUUUAAUGUUAUAUUUAUUUAUUUAUUUAUUUAUUUAGUUGUUUUUUGAGUGACAUAAUAUUGUAUGUGAUUUUCAUGUUUCAUAUAGGAACUCCUUUAGUCACUCCUGUCUUCACAGUUACAGUGACUACUCCACUGUUUGUGCAAUAGAUUUAAAUGCUACAUGAUCAGUUAUGGUCAGUUUUUUUUUUUUUUUAAAUAGUUACUUCAGACUGAAUUAUAUAAAUAUUUUCACAUUUUGUUUUAGUAUAUAAGAUAUAUUAGCAAAAACAUUUUGACAGACGUCUGUAUAUGUAUAAUUCGGUGAAUGUCAGUGUAACUUUUGAUUUAUAUAUAUAUAUAUAUAUAUAUAUAUAUAUAUAUAUAUAUAUACACACACACACUUACACAUAUUAUAUAUAUAUAAACGCACAUGGGUGCCGCCCACGCGCCCCUCCUGGUACCGUCACAUCGUUUUCUCAGUACUGUACCGGCGCGUACUGACCGAAUGCUUACACGCUCAAAGUCCCUGUCUUUUUGCGCUUUUAUGUAAAUAGGGUUGGUUUGUAUAACACCCGGGAAAAUAUAGAUUUGCGUGUCACAAGUAACAGAGACCUUCCGGCUGCUGAUUUGAUAUGUUUUAAGAUAUCAAUACUGUCAAGAAAACACAGAUACAACACUCUUCUCUUGAAUGGAUACAUUUAUUAGCUUUAUUUAAUAAUAUACCAUGCAGUAGCAGACAAUGAGUAAUUUAAGUGGUUGUAUUUUAUAUUUCACUGCAUUCUGUUCAAUUCCUGAAUGUUUACUUCAGCCGUUACACACCAGACUGUCUGGGAAGACUUUUUAUUAUGUUGGUACUUUUUUAAAAGAUUUGUUUCAUUUUAUCAUUUUAUUAAUUUAUUGUCUUUUGCUAUUAUUUUAUUAGUUUGUCUU